AUGCCCGACUCUUUCUACCCGGCGAGUUCGCCCACAACCUACACAAAAUCAAAAUUACCCUUCUCGUGGGCCUCGAUACCGAAUCCCAUACCUCGCAGAUAUCGUCGACGGUUACGCUCCAAGUUCCGCUCCGCACAAUCACCCGCAUCAGCUAUUGCGUCUAUCGAGACCUCCUUUAACCCCAAGGACUCGAUACGUGCGCUGCGGAAUCAUCGAUGGUCCAUUUAUGACGGGCAUUACUUAAUACUCAUAAUACUCGCCAUAUUCUCUCUCUCAAUCAGUCAGGCACCAGGACCACUGGUGAAAACGGGAGCUGCGGCCUUGCUUAUGCUUGCGCUUCUCAUGCCAAUAACGAGACAAUUCUUUCUGCCCUUUCUCCCUAUUGCGACCUGGCUGGUCUUCUUCUUCAAUGCAAGAUUUAUUCCAGCUGAAUACCGACCUCAUAUCUGGGUCAAGGUUCUUCCCGCCCUCGAAAACAUAUUCUAUGGCGCAAAUUUGAGUAAUAUCCUCUCAGCACACCAACACGUUGUUCUGGAUGUGCUUGCGUGGUUGCCAUAUGGACUUUUUCAUUUUGGAGGACCAGUAGUAUGGGCAGCUCUGAUGUUCUUAUUUGGACCCCCGGGAAUUGUCCCAGUGUAUGCGCGGACAUUCGGGUACUUGAACAUCCUUGGGGUGACAAUCCAAUUGCUCUUCCCAUGUUCGGCUCCAUGGUACGAAAAUAUGUAUGGGCUCGCACCAGCAAAUUACUCCAUGCCUGGAUCGCCUGCCGGACUUGCACGCGUUGACAAAUUCCUUGGAUUCGACAUGUACACCAGCAACUUCACAGCAUCGCCACUAGUGUUUGGAGCCUUUCCAUCUCUGCAUUCUGGAAAUGCAGUUCUGGAGGCUCUUUUCAUGAGCUACUGCUUCCCCAAGCUCCGGCCUGUGGUAAUCUUCUACGCAAUGUGGAUGUGGUGGGCAACAAUGUACUUGUCUCAUCAUUACGCCGUGGAUUUGGUCGCUGGUGCAUUCCUCGCAGCCAUCGCAUUUUACAUUUCCAAGAUGCAUUUCUUGCCCAGGAUGCAGAUGGACAAGGCAUUCCGCUGGGACUACGACUACGUUGAGUUUGGUGAAGCGCCCAGCGGGGGCUACGAAUACGGUCUUACGACUCUUGAUAUCGAUUUCCGCAAUGAUAGCAGCGACGAGUGGACUGUGGGCUCCUCGUCCUCCAUCUCAUCUGGCUCGCGCAGCCCUGUGGAUGAGAGCUCAUCGAAUUGGGAAGGUGAAACGCUCGCUUCUCAAGCCUCCGAUAGCGAACUCUCCGAAGUUAUUAUCCGAUAA